AUGACUUCUGUUAUACUAGAAAGUAUAAAACCUGUAAGGAAUCGACUAAUAAACAUCCUCCAAGAAAAGCGAAUUACAAAUGGAUCGAUUAUCUUCAAAACUCCCUUACCACAUCAAGAAAAAGGAGAAGGAGGAGAAGUAACGAUAGGAGAGCAAGGAAUUUUUAAUUUAAUAUAUGAAGCAAAAGAAACCGUCGUUACUUUAACUAUUUAUCAAAAGGAAAUUGACUCCGAAAUCCAGAAACUAACAGCAAUUCCAAACCAGCAGCAUGCAUUACCAACGGAGGUGACGAAGCCAAUUCCACCUACCUAUACUAGUGUCAAUCUUCUUCAAUUAUCUUUAUCUGUUUUCAAUGGCGAUCCACGACACUGGAGAGAAUUUUGGAGUAGCUUUAACGCUGCUGUCCACUCACAAACCAUCCCAGAAAUCCAAAAACUAAACUAA